AUGGCUCAAGAGGAGGUCCUCCACGCCUACCGUCACCUGUACCGAGCUGCACUGAGAGCAGUAUGCUAUUCUCAGCCAGCAAGCACCGUGGUGCGAGACCAGAUACGCCGAACAUUUCGUGACAGAACCAGCACCUUCGACAAGAGAACCGUCCGCCGCACCGUUUGGUUCCUUAACAACGCCGCCAGGGAAAGAGGCACGGAACACAAGAUUGUCAAGAACCUUCUCCUUACACAGUUUUAUAGAGAUAAGGCCAAUCGCAACACCUGGAGGCACCUCACUGACUCUAACAACAAAAAGAAAAAGGACUUGGUCAAAGACACAGCGUUUGCCCACUACGAGCGCACUAUUUUCAUGCUCAACAAGACGAUGGGCUUGUGUCUGCCUCUCCGCUGA